AUGUCUCCGGUCGAGCAAAACAAUGCUGCCCCUUCUGUUGCGACUACUUGGCUCGAACGCCUGGAAGCUGCAAGCGUGGCCGGCAAUGUAGAGGCGUUUGUCUGUCUCUGGGUCACAGAUGAUUUGUUAUGCUUCUCAUGGGAUCUUCGAUGCCUCAACGGACGCGAGAAGAUUACCUCAUACCUUGUCGAACCCUCUGGAGAGAAUGAGACCACCAGGCUGUCACUCGCAUGUCUGUACGACUUCCGUGUGGCGUCUGCUUCGACGCUGGGCCCUCCAUUGUUUUCUAUCAAUCCGUACAACCCGGCUGCUCGUGGCGUGCAGGGAAACUUUGAAUUUGUUCUUGCCUCCCCGCCCGGUAAAGGCCGGGGAUUUCUGCGUCUCAUUGAAGAAUCACCCUCAGAGUGGAAAGCGACGACUGUCUUGAUGUGCAUGGAUGAUAUAACAGGCCAUGAAGAAUCGCGGACGAGACCGCUAGGAUUUUAUCCAGAUCUUUCUACUUGGGAUGAAGUACUUGCACGGCGAGCCGCUGCAAUUUCGCAUGAUCCCACGGUCCUCAUAGCUGGUGACGGGCUUACAGGUCUCACCCUGGCCGCUCGGCUGGGCAGGAUGGGUAUAGGUGCUCUCGUCGUGGAAAAGGAUGAACACAUAGGGGAUGUUUGGAGAAAGAGAAAAACAUUCCCGAAAUUUAUCUCCAAGAAUAAGCUCGCUGACUUCCUCGAAGCGUACGCUACUGGCGAAGACCUCGUCAUUUGGACGUCUAGCAAGCUCCUGCCCACUCCGAAGUACGACGAGGUCACCAAACGCUGGACUGUCACCAUCGAUCGCAAAGGUGAAGAGACGAUCGUCAGACCGAAACACAUCAUUUUGGCCACUGGGAUUGGGAAGCCGCACCAUCGGGAUGCGUCUCGUUUCAAGGGAAAGCGGGCUGUAGUAAUUGGUGCGGUACGUAGUGUUCAAGGACUCUGCGUGAUGGGAACUGUAACGCGGCUGCGGAUCAUCUGCAUCGAUUUCGUGCACAAUGGUGCAGAGAGCGUGACGAUGAUCCAACGCAGCGCGACAUGCGUCACCGCGGGGAGCACCACGGACAAGCUCGUAUACAGUGUCACAUACAACGAGAAAUUCGACAUCGAAGACGCGGACUUUGCGAACCAGUCAAUGCCGCUGCGCUUUGCGCUCAAGCUGGCCGCGGCGGGCGGCACCGCGCGCCAGAAAGCAAUAGAUAAGGAGCUCUUUGAGGGCCUGGAAAAGGCUGGCUUUCGCCUGACAUGGCAGCUGGAGGAGGGCGGGCCGGAGGUAGGCGUACUGGGCUUCGUGGCGGAAAGGCUUGCGGGGGGUUCGCUGAUGGACUGGGGAUGUGGCCAGCUCAUAAUCGAUGGCAAGGUUAAGGUUAAUCACGGCAAUGUCAAUGGGUUAGAUGAACAGAACGCGCUGUUCUUAGAUGGGUCGAGCAUCCCCGCAGACCCCGCCAUCGCCAACGUUAUCGACCUCUUCGGGCCUUCGAUAAUGUCUAAGAUUGGGCACGAGGUGUGGGGGCUCGAUGACGAAGGCGAAUUCCGAGCAUGCUACCGACCGUCGGGGCAGCCCGGGCUCUGGAUCGCGAUGGGUACAUUUCAACAUUGCCGGUUCCUCGGGAAGAGGCUUAUCCAGUCGGAGGAGCUUGGGUUGAAGUAG